AUGGGAUUGAAGGAACUGUUGAAUCGGAAGAAGAAAGAGCGAAUGGAUCUGCGCAUCCCCUCGUCCCGCCACCGGUGCCCGUCUCGGAAUGGGGCAUCAUCACGGGCACAGAUCGAGGAGGAGCUUGAGCAGGUGUUCAAGAAGUUUGACGUUAACGGAGAUGGCAAGAUCUCGGCCUCGGAGCUCGGGUCGAUCAUGGGUGGGCUGGGGCAGCCGGCCACAGACGAGGAGCUAGCGAGCAUGAUCCGCGAGGUGGACGCUGACGGGGAUGGAUUCAUCAGUCUGAAGGAGUUCAUUGAGCUGAAUACAAAAGACGUGGGCCACGACGAGAACCUGCAGGAUGCGUUUGAGGUGUUUGACGCAGAUGGGGAUGGGUCCAUCUCGGCCGAGGAGCUGCAAGAUGUGCUGCACAGCCUUGGGGAGGAGUGCACAUUGGCCGAGUGCCGCAAAAUGAUCAGCGGCGUCGAUGCCGAUGGGAAUGGGGUCAUCUGUUUUGACGAAUUCAAGGUCAUGAUGAUGAUGGGCUCGCGCCUUGACACCAACAUCGAUUAA